UAAGGGGCUGUUUGGCUCCCAAGAAUUGGUUUGAAUUGAAUCACUUUCCAAGAAUUGGUCUGUUUGGCUGUCGGUGGAAUUGAAUUGAUCAUUUCUACCUAAUUCUAAUCCCUGCAAAUAUGACCUCCUCUCAAUUCAGACCCUCCACCAUCAGAAAAGGCUAGAAAGGCAACUAGGGUUUGCUACGUCGCCCACCAUCUCCACCCAGGACCGCCGCCCUCAUCCGUCUCUCCCGUCUUCCUCGCCCUCGUCUACCUCGCGCUCGUCGGAAAAAGCAGCUCAGUUUCAUCACAAGUUUGUUUUGGGAUCUUUCGCCUCAAGUUUCAUCUAGCUACCUUCAACAAAUCCUUCAAUCUCCAUGGCUACAUCGAUAUCAAAUCAAUAUACUAACGAGGAGGAAAUUAAAAGGAAGAGAAAGAAGCGAAAGAGAGUUGUUGUAUUAGCUGUGUCUAUUAUGGCUAUAAUUGCAAAUCGAUAUCAACGGAGGAGACCUAGACACAUCGUAGAUGCUAACGAAGUUCAAGAGAGAAAUGUCGAGUGCAGAAAACAAAUGCUAUGUAAUAUGUACCAGGGUUCAAAUGUCUAUUGCUAUGACAGUUUGCGCCUAACUAAGAGAUCUUUUAGUGACUUGAGUGCCAUCUUACGGGAAAAGAGUGGCCUACAGGAUACCCUAAAUGUGUCGGUAGAAGAAAAGCUUGCAAUUUUUCUGCUUAUAGUAGGUCAUAACACCAAAAUGAGGCUGAUCCGUAGCACUUAUGGGUGGUCCCUUGAACCAAUCAGUCGACACUUCAACGAAGUGCUUAGAGGGAUUCUAUCUUUAAGUCAUGAGUUCAUCAAGCUUCCUAAUCCAGAAACCACUCUACCUGAGGAUCCAAAGUGGAAAUGGUUUGAGGACUGCCUAGGUGCACUAGAUGGCACACAUAUCGAUGUGAAUGUUCCAUUGACUGACCAAGGUAGGUACAGAAAUAGGAAGCAACGAAUCACCACUAAUGUAUUAGGGGUUUGUGAUCGACAAAUGAAGUUCUUGUAUGUCUUGGCUGGAUGGGAAGGGUCGGCUUCGGAUUCACGCAUACUACGUGAUGCCAUGUCACGGGAGGACUCAUUUGUUGUUCCUAGUGGUAAAUACUAUCUAGUGGAUGCUGGAUAUACAAAUGGUCCGGGAUUUCUUGCCCCGUACCGAUCUACACGGUACCACUUGAAUGAAUGGGCUAUUCAAGGCAACAAUCCAUCUACUGCGAGAGAGUUAUUCAACCUACGCCAUGCAACAGCUAGGAAUGUGAUAGAGAGAACUUUUGGGCUAUUGAAGAUGAGAUGGGCAAUCUUGAGGACCAGCUCAUAUUUUGAUUUAGAAAACCAGAUUAGGAUCAUCCAUGCUUGCUGCAUAUUGCAUAAUUUUUUAAGGGAUAGACAAAGAGAUAUGGACGAUAUUCUAAUACAUGAAGUUGAUAGUCUCAUCUCUGCUGCUCCUGCUGAAAAUCAAGGAGAAAUGAGUAUGAUUACGCAUGUUCAAUCAACUAAUGAGUGGGGUUAUUUUAGAGACACCAAAGCUAGUGAAAUGUUUGUUGAUUAUCAAGCGAGGCGUGGUCAAAGCUCAUAGUUGACAAGAAAACAAGGGGCUAUGUUCCUUGGAAUGAUGAGAUGGAUAAGGUACUCCUUGAUACAUUUGUGGACUAUUACAAUAAAGGUGAUAGAUGUCAGAAUGGGUGGAAGUCUCAUGUAUACACAGCUGCUGUGAAGAAUGUUUGUGAGAAGUGUAAUGUCACCAUUACAAAGGAAAAUAUUAGCUCUCGCAGCAAGACCUUUGAUAAGCACUACAAUAUCAUUAAUGGUUUGUUGUCCA